AAAAGGAGCCUCUCUAUAUUUAUAUCCAGAGGGUCAAUACUCGAUACGUACAUAUCCGUGCACCUCAGUUCCCUCUCCUCUGCUCGACACCCCUCUCUCUCUUUCGUCACCGGAAGAGAAAGGAGAGACGGAAGUGACGGGGGUCGCUGUCCUCUCUCUCUUUUUGUUUGCCGGGCGCCCUCCUUCGUUGCGUUGCGGCAUUUUGUCGAACGGUUUGGUUGCGGGCACCGCCUUUUUGGCUGGCUAGACGCUUCGUGUGCCUGCGGAAGUUAGUCGCUUCUUCUUCUGGAAAAGAGGGAUGGGUGGUGGCGGGUUGCGGGGUUGAUGGUGGUGCGCCCACGUCAGGGGAGGGAUGGGUGGCGGUGGUGGUGGUGGUGGAUGGUGUUGGUGGAUCGAGGAGUAGCGGUCUCUUUCUGCAUUAUUCCUCUUUCGUGGCGGUCGCUCGAUGGGGAAGGUGGGUCUGGGGCUGGCGGUGGGGUGCGCUGUGGUAUCCUGCACGUUGGCGGCGAUCCUCGUGAGACGGCGGCUCAAGAGUAGGUCCAAAUGGAACAGGGCGUUGGCCGUGCUGAGGGAGUUCCAGGAGGAGUGCUCGACGCCCGUUGGGCGGUUGCGACAGGUCGUCGACGCUAUGGCUGUGGAGAUGCACGCCGGUUUGGCCUCCGAGGGCGGCAGCAAGCUCAAGAUGUUGCUCACCUUUGUCGACAAGCUCCCCGCCGGUGACGAGAAGGGCGUGUAUUAUGCGCUAGAUUUGGGAGGAAGCAAUUUUAGGGUUCUAAGAGUGCUGUUGGAGGGUAAACAGCAGAGAAUUGCCGACCUUCAAGUCGAGAAACAGUCAAUCCCCCUUCAUCUAAUGACUGGUACAAGUGAGGCUCUUUUCGAUUACAUUGCAUCUACUUUGAAAGAUUUUGUUGAAAAGGAGAAUAAUGAGAAUGGGCUUCAACCUGGAAUGAGGGAGCUUGGAUUUACAUUCUCAUUUCCCAUGAAGCAAACCCUUGUUUCCUCAGGUGUGCUGGUGAAGUGGACAAAAGGUUUUGCAAUUGAAGAUAUGUACCAGAAAGACGUUGCAGAAUGCCUGAGACAAGCUAUGGCCAGAGUAGGACUGGAAAUGCAUAUAGCAGCACUGGUAAAUGACACUGUUGGAACACUGGCUGUUGGGCAUUAUUAUGAUGGAGAUAUCGUUGCAGCAGUUAUCAUUGGAACUGGUACAAAUGCAUGUUAUGUUGAGCGCACAGAUGCAAUUACAAAGUGCCAGGGGCUUUUAGCUAACUCUGGUAGCAUGGUUGUCAAUAUUGAAUGGGGUAAUUUUUGGUCAUCUCAUCUUCCAAGAACUUCAUAUGAUAAAGUUUUAGAUGAGGAAAGCCCAAACCCAUUAGAGCAGGGAUUUGAAAAGAUGAUUUCUGGUAUGUACUUAGGCGAAAUUGUAAGAAGGGUAAUUUUAAGGAUGGGACAGGAGUGCAACCUUUUUGGUGAUAUUGGCUCCAAGCUAGAGGAACCCUUCAUUUUGAGGACACCGUUGAUGUCAGCAAUGCACGAAGAUGAUUCUCCUGACUUGAGAGAAGUAGCAAGAAUCAUGAAGGAAAACCUUGGGGUUUCUGAUGUUCCUCUGAAAGUCCGAAGGCUCAUUGUGAGUGUGUGCGAUGUGGUGGCCUGCAGAGCUGCGCGAUUGGUGGCAGCAGGGAUUGUGGGGAUCCUGAAGAAGAUAGGCAGAGAUGGCAGUGGUGGCGUUGGUGGUUGGUCCAAGGGCGACGGACAUGGUAAAAUGAGGAGAACAGUGAUUGCAAUAGAGGGAGGCCUGUACGAGAGCUACUCCAGAUUUAGAGAGUACUUGCAUGCAGCAGUAGAAGAAUUGUUAGGGAAAGAGGUGGCUCAGCAUGUCUUUCUGAGGCUAACGCAUGAUGGUGCUGGUAUAGGCGCUGCGCUUCUUGCUGCUUCUUAUUCCUCUUAGUUUGAUGGUAGUCAAUAGUUUAGUUGCUCUCCUCUCUCUUUUUCUCUAUAUAGCUUGUAGAUAUUAUUAUUUAUGUUCAUAUAGCUAGGUCAGUGGGUUGUGUGUGUGUGUGUGUGUGAUAUGUUGUCUUGGUUCAUGUUUUGUCUAUAUUUUUUCUAUUGAUUGCACAUUUUUUCAAGUGUAAAUAAACUUGGGAUUCUGUUCCCUUUAGUGCCA